CAACCUUGUUGGCUCUGCCUUACCCUGGUUCCACUUGUGUCUCGAGUGCCCUUGUGGCUGGGGAGGGUUUUCUUCAUUUCGCAUUUUUGCCCUCGGCGGCGCCAUGUACCUCCCUUUCCUGCGGCUUUACUGACUGCUGUCCGUGUCUCCCAUUUACCCAGACUCCAUUGAUCUCCAAGAUCGCGAGGCGCCCUCAGCCCAGGACCACCCGCGCCCCAAUAAGUCGACUUCCAACGGACCUCACGCUCCCCAUCAGGCUGAGACGCUUCGCGAGGUCGCCGCGGAGACGGCCGAGGAGAAUCUACGCAGCCCCCGCGUGUCGUGGGUUGGCGGCGAGGUCGGCGAUCUGCAGCAAUACGCGGAGGAUUUAGCGGCAGGAGUCACCAAUUCCCUGAACAGCCAGCCUACUCUCGAGAACCACGGUCCGAAUAACAUGGCAGCGGGCCAGAAGCAGGAUGCUCUGGCUAUCGCCCAGAAUGGGGGCAUGUCCGGCCAAGAGGCCGACGAUGGUGACCUAGACGCGGACGCCGAUGACGGCAUGGACGACGACAUGAUGGACAAAAUUUCGAGCUCGCCCUCGAUUGAAGAUGGUGGGUCUAUCUGCACCCUUCCGCCCCUUUCUUUGCGCAAGGUUGGCAGUUCCUGUCCAUCGUCGACCCUCUGCAGUCUUGCUACUUCUCCAACACCCAGCGAUGCGAGGUCCUUUUCUCCAUACCUCGAUCAUCCUAAACACUUGCCUCUCAGCAUGUCAGAUCAGAAAGCAGAGAAGGCGACCUUUGAGUUGCCAAGUCGCCAUCAUCAUCUUCAGUACGGUGAGUUCUCCACGCAGGAUCGGCCGAUACCCCUCGACGAAUCGACCCCGAGCAACCAUGACCGCUACCGGAGAAACAAUUGGCCCGCCAAGUCGGAAACGACAACAUCAGUACUGACGGAAAUCAUGGCGGAGAUGGAGAGGUUGGAACAGGAAGCCACUGCCGGAGACGACGUUUUGGAUGAUGACUGUUGGGAUGAUGAGAUGGAGGACGCGGUUCUACACCGGGCGGCAGAGCAGAAACUGGAAGACGUGGACGAGGCAAUCGGCGAUAUCGAGCAAGACGAUCUCACCGUACCAUACGAAAGCUCUGACAAAGAUGAUGAUGGCGACUUUUCUGACAUACAAGACACCAGGUUUCUUGACUCCGGUUGGGGCGGCGAUUGCUUACAAGACACAGAGGAUAUCGACUUCGAGUUCGUCUAUGCUCUCCAUACCUUCGUUGCGACUGUUGAAGGUCAGGCGAAUGCGACUAAGGGGGACACCAUGGUCCUCCUCGAUGAUAGCAACAGCUACUGGUGGCUAGUGCGAGUGGUGAAGGAUAGCAGCAUUGGCUACCUGCCCGCCGAGCACAUCGAGACACCGACGGAGAGGUUAGCCCGGUUAAACAAACACCGGAACAUUGACUUGUCGGCGACGAUGCUUUGCGACCAAGCGGAGAAGCCCAGAAAUCCCAUCAAGACUGCAAUAAAGCGGAGGAAAACAAAGACGGUUACCUUCUCGUCGCCUACAUACGUAGACUAUUCCGACUUCGACUACUCGACAGAUGAGGAAGAUAUUGAGGCCGAGUACUUUGAUCAGCAAGAGCAACAAGCACAGCAAUCCGCUACGAAGCAAGCGAAUGCUGAACCCGAAGUCGAGGAUGAGACGGCAAAGGUGGAGCCUCUUAAACCGCGUGCCCAGCAGAGCGAGGCGGCCAAGACAGAGCCUCGGAAGCAGGAGGCCAAUAGCGAUGCAACGGCAUCUGCAACGGCAGCAACGAGGACCAGCGAAGAGAUAUUCGAAACCAAGUCGGGAGAUGGACCCAAGAAGGCAAGCGACGGUACUGUCAGAGACUCAUUCUUCAAGGACGAUACGGUCGAGACCAAAAAGAUCACCUUGACUCCUAACCUGUUGCGCGACGACAAUGCGCCAAGGGCAUCGACCGAGUCCAAGGAGGUGAAGCAAAGGCCAAGCUUAGAUAAGCUUGACAAGGACAGCCUGCUGGGCAAGGACGACAAGAAGAAGAAGGACAAGAAGGAGAAGGAGAAGAAGCCAAGCGUGAUCCGGAACUUCUUCUCGCGGAAGGGCAAGAAGGAUGCUGACGGGGCCGACGACGACUCUCUGGGGAAGCGAUCGAUGGAUGCCGGCGGCGGAGGCGGCGGCGGCGACGACGGGCAAGAAAAUGAAGUGGCGGAGGAGGAAGAAGCCCAGACGUCACCCGAAAAGUCGAUGGCUCCACAACGUCACCCGAGCAAAUUACAGAAACAGCAACCUCGGACAGAACCGUCACCGACGAGAAGGUCGAACGUGCCGCUGCAGAAGGAAUCUGCUUCGAUGCGCAUUGUCGAUCCGGAUUUGCAAGAAUCCCCCGAGAGCAGCCCCCGGAAAACAACAUCACGAGACAGGUCUCCAAAGAACGAGAAGUCGAACGUGGCCAAGAUUAUCGCAUCGCGAGCACAGAGUGGCGAAUCUCGGCCGCAAAGGGUCACCAACGCCAAAUCGCGUACGGGGCUUGACGAUUUCGACUCCUCCGAUGAGGAAGCCAUCAUGGAAUCAACACGGCAAGCGCCCACCUUUGAGGAGGGUCAGAAGCCACAGCAGAGACCGACCCUUCCCGGCACUUACCCAGACAGCUAUGACACCAAGCAGUCCUCGUCGUCCGACCAGACCGAGAAGGGAACUCCUGCAACCACGAUCCAACCCCAGCGGCAACAAGAUCGACUGUCCGAGUCGCCAGUCCAGGUGUCGCCGGUCAAUUCGAACAAUCCUCCGCCGCUGAUGGUCGAUACGUCAAGUCAGGAGGAGGAUCACUCGUCAUCCAGGUCGACGCCGGAGCUGAUAGAGCGCGAGGAUGGAGAGAUGCAUGGGAAGCAGGAUUCUAUCACGACGUCGACGUCGACCACGACGACGUCAACUUGGAACGAUGCAAGUUUGCGAGCCUUCUUCGACUCUGGGUCCGACAUUAGAGACCUUCUUGUUGUCGUCUAUGACAAGUCUGAUGUUGCACCGGCCGGUCCAGACCAUCCUGUUGCAGGAUCGCUCUUCAGGGAGCAGAACGCCAAGUUGGCCGAGAUAACCACGCAACUCGACAACAUGCUUGGCGACUGGCUGGCUCGGAAGCAGCGGUUACGGGGUACCAUCUAGAUGUCGCUAGAUGUCUUCCCACCUCCUAUUGGGAGCCAUUGCAUGCAUCUCCCAGGGGAGAAGGGCAUGUAUAUAUAACACCAACACCGUUCAUCCUUAGCACUACUUUUCUGCGUCGGAAUGGCUGUACCUAUCAGGCACAGGGUACAAUUUAGGUAUAUCUGUCUUGCCAGGCGUCCUGGAUUGGACAGGAAAACCUGAGGGAGGAGAUUGGACGGAUAUGGGAAUAGUCCACUUUCUGUGGCUCCUUUUGACAGGCACAUCGCUCCCGCAUGGCAUGGCGUUUUUGGGGGGACUUGUUGAAGAUUAUUAGGCGUUUUUGACUAGGAAUAACAUGGGAUGAAAGGAUGGAUGAUUGGUGCGAUGCGAUUACUUGUGUUGAGCAAGAGAAUGGAAACAGAUGACGAACUGAGACACUUGUGGGAGAGCAUUGUUUCCCCAGAUACCGCUAGCCCAAUAAUUAUCUGCUGUCAUGAAGAUG